CUGUUCUGACUGAGUUCAACAAUGCGAAUGCAUGCACUCUACUUUGUUUAAUGUUUUCUUUUAAUUUAAUGUGUGAGGUUAGGAAGUUCCUAAGAUAAGGAAUUAUUUAAGUUUAGUAAUAGUUUGUCUUAAAAUGGUUGUUCCAGUGAAAAUAUACGAUGUGGCUAGGCCUAUUUCUAAGAACGGGGAAUCUGUAUGGAAAAUUGGCCUUGGUAUUAGUGUCGCUUUAGUUGGAGGAGGCAUUGUUUGGUGGUACUACAAGAGGUCCUCUUCUAAGUCCAAGGUUAUUACAACAGAUUCUAAUACUCAGGCAAAUGGGGUCGUGGUGUCAGAAAAUGGGAUCAAAGAACCUGAGGUACAAACCCCACUUGAACGAGCUGAACAAAUUAAGAGAGCAGGAAAUGAUUUCUUUAAGAAAGGAGAGUAUUUGGAUGCCUUAAGAUGUUACAGCGAGGCCAUCGACUUGUGUCCAGCUUCUGAAACAACAAUUCAAGCCACAUACUACCAGAACAGAGCUGCAUGUUACGAACGUCUGAACAAGAUAGAGGAAGUUGUGAAAGAUUGCUCAAAAGCACUGGAGCUCAAUCCGAAGUAUGUAAAGGCUUGUUCAAGAAGAGCGAAAGCCUACCAAACACUGGGCCAGCUGACUGGAUGUCUUGAGGACGUCACGGCGAUGUGUAUUCUAGAGAACUUCCAAAACCAACGCACCCUAGAAAUGGCCGAUCUUAUUCUCAAAGAAGUGGGUAAAUUAAAUGCCAGAAAGGCAAUGGAAAACAAAGCACCAGUUCAACCAUCUCCACACUUUGUGAAGAACUAUUUUGCAACAUUUCCAAACGACCCUGUCAUCUCUGCCUCAGACUUUCAAGUUGUUGAGAUAAACCAUAGUGAGUCCGCUGAUUCUACAAAGAAUCUAUUGGAACGAGCCAAACAGCUGUUGGUGCGAGGACGCUACGAUGAAGUUAUCCAGACUUGUACAGAAGCUGUAACUGCUGGCGAAGGGCUCGAACCCGAGGCCUUGCUGCUACGAGCCACCAUGUACUUGCUCAGAGGCCAAAACAAUCUUGCAUUAGACGACCUCAACACUAUAAUCGGCCAGGAGCUUACACCCACAGAACACAACACUAACAUAACUGUGAACGCACUCAUCAAGAGGGCCUCGCUGUACCUUCAGUCCAAUGAGAAGGAGAAGACGUUUGAAGACUUGGCAACGGCCGAGAGACUUGCACCCAACAUUCCUGACUUGUACUUACACAGAGGCCAGGUUAAUCUGCUCACAGACAAUGUGGAGCAGAGCAUAGCAGACUACAACACGUGUGUAAGCCUGGACCCUGACUUUGCUAUAGGGAUGAUGCAAGGCUACUACGCUCAGUAUAGACGAGCAGUACAGCAAAACAGCUCCUCGGGCAUCGCCAAGGUUAUUGAGAAGUUCAAGAGAGGCAUCAGGAAGUUCCCCGCUUGCUCGGAAGCUUAUGCGCUUCUCGCUCAGGUGCUCAUGGACCAACAACAGUUUGAUGAGGCGGAUAACUACUACGACAGUGCAAUGCGGAUGGAUCCCGCUAACGCUACCAUCAGAGUGCACAGAGCAUUGCUCCAAUUGCAGUGGAAGGGGGACGUGGAUGCUGCUAUCAAGUACAUCAAUGAAGGCAUUCAAGUUGACAAUAAAUGCUCUUUUUGUUAUGAGACUCUUGCCACUAUCGAAGUACAAAGAGGUAACCUGAGACAGGCAGUAGAGCUGUUUAAUAAAGCACUCCCACUGGCUAAGACAGAACAGGAACUUGCUCACAUUUUCUCUCUCCGAGACUCAGCGGUCGCACAACUUGUGGUGGUGGAUAGACUGGGCAUGGCCGGCCUCAUUGGCUUAUAGACUGUUACUUGCCCUGGUGUUCCUAAUGACUUUAUCCUAACUUGUUUGUAUGUUUAGGUAAAAAAAAUUUGUUUUGACGUCGAUAAAGUUUUGAACACAUUUGGUUUACUUAACCUAAGAACACAGUCAUGAGGAUGAAGGGCCAAAACUGUUUUUGGUUUUCAGUAGAACCGAUGUGAGGCAAUGUGAUCCUUUCUAUGUUCAUUAAGCCGUGUAAUGUUGUUAAUUAACAGUUGUAUAGUCAAAACUAUAGUUUGUUGCAUAAAAUAAUUGUUAUUGUUUUUACUGUUUGUUUUGUUUCAUAGAUUAGAUUUCGUUUGAAUCUAACUACAUAUUCCACAUUUAAUCGAAACUAAUAAUGAAAGUGAAUCAAGAAAACUAAUACAACAAAUAGUAUAAUAGUCAGUGAUGUAGAAGACAGUAUUGUAGGAAUAUUUUGGGUUUCUCGCAUGUCUAUAGUACUUAAUAUACAACACAAAAGUGUGUGUUUGAAUGCAUAUUUAAUGCAUUUUUAUUUUUGACUAUUAUACUAUUAAGUUUUGUAAAUUAAGGUAAACACCUUUUUCAUUUAAACGUCACUUAAAGAGCUGUUCACUGUGUUGAUGUACCUAUUUGUUCAUAUGUAUAUAGUUGGAGACAGUCUAAUUACCCUACACUGUUUUUAUUAUUGAAAUGUUAUUCUUUGUUAUGUAGUCAAUGUUAGUUGAUAGGUUAUAGUUUAGCAUAAGUCUGUUGUCUUGUCAAUGAACUUAUAAAACACUCAGGUACUAUAUGAAAUCAAUCGUAUGGUUACUACAAACUGGAUAAAAAAUUUAAUUUUAGGAUUUUAGGUGGGACUUGUUAAUUUUUUUGCUUAGUGGGUAAUUAAAAUACCGAACCGAAUAAUAUGAGAUUACAUACAACGUAUUCGGAAAUUUUUCACCUAUAACUUUUUUAUCUUGUUAUUUUCUCAAUUACUUUGUUUUCAAGAAUAAUCGAAGUAGCCGUUUUAAAAUUUGCCUGAGAGCUCGGUAUAGAGAGUUUGUGCAAAUAUGUAUGCUCAUACUUAAGCAACUGUUUGUUUUCCAAAUGUCAAAUACUACCAUGUAUUAUGUCUUAGAUGUUUUUUCUCUUAUAUAUAUAAAUAAAGUGCUAUAUAAUCCUACUAGCCGAAAAGGUUGUUGGUUUGUUAUAAAAAACAAACUAAACUUGUUGCAUUUUCUAGUUUAUAUGUUUGGUUACACAGGGCUUGUUUUGUUAACUUGUGUUUCAUCACUGUACUACAAUUCCCAACAUAAGCUAAUAAAUUGCUUUUAAUGUGUCAAUUGAAGUGCUCCUUUACAAAAUGUUCAAGCUGGUCAUUGAUUGUUUGUCAACCUGUUUUAAACAGAACCUUUUGGUUACUGAAGAAGACCUAUCAUCAGUCUGUUUUUUAAUGCUUUUGGUCCAUAAUCAACUUGUUAUUUUCCAUUAGUUACUUUAUCAACUACCCUACCUACUUUAAUAUAGUUGUUUUUUGUAACAUUUCACUCAUUAAACUAUUUUGCAUAUUAGCUAUGCAUAUCUCACUAGGCUAUAGUUUUUCAUUAGAUUUUUAUCAGUUUAAAGCUGGUAACAUGUUUAGUCAUAAGUGUAUGCAGUAUGGCAUGUAAUUCAAACCUGUAGUUUCAAUCCCAAUAGUUUAUCGACUAUCGAGUAUCUAAACCCUGGACCAUUUUCAGUUAAUUAGCAUCAUAGGUUGGGAGUUCUUGUCCUGUUACAAAAAUUAAAAUUUUAGUCAAACAUUUUAAGGGAGCUGAUGUUUAUGGUACCUAUUGUAAUUUUCCAUCAUUGUGCUUACUGCUUAUAGAAUACUUUUAGGCUGUAUAAAUUUUUGUUGGUUGUUAAUAAAGUAAUGCAUCAUUGUA